CUGGAUUCGUACGUCAGGUUUCUUGCUUUAGGACAACCAAGAAAAGAGAAGACUGGGAACUAUUUCUUGAACACGACGCUGCUGCUGCCAGUGCCCCGUCCAGUGCUCUCUCGUUAUCUCCUCUUCGUGUCGCUCGUCCUGUUCCGCCGUGAGCGUGAGCGAUCUAACUGAGACUUUCUGUAUCGACGCCGAUCAUCCCGCAAUUGUCAUAUCCAGCCCUCUCCGCCCUACCUCUGUCUUAACUCCACCUCCGUCCAGUCCUCGUCUCUCACCUGGUUUUAUUUUCCCUUUCUUCUUCCUUUCGACCCCGGAUGAGUCCCUUUGAUCAGUAUUCCCUCUCCCACUUUCCAGAAUCUGGCCCCGUGACGCUCAAGUCCGACAGACGCGACGAACGAGGUUCUCAGUCGGGUUCAGAUGACGGUUCCACCUACAACGUGUACAGUGACCCACAGAAGAGCGACGGCGAUGCCGAUGAUGAUGCCGCCUUAACUUCCCAGAGUCUCAAUGCGGACGGCACGCCAAAGCGUCCCAUGAACGCCUUUAUGAUUUUCGCCCGCAGACGACGUCCCCAGGUUUCAGCCGAGAACCAGUCGAUGCGUACGGGCGAAAUCAGCAAGAUUCUGAGUAAAGAAUGGUCGUCCAUGUCACCGAACGACAAGCAGUUUUAUCUAGACCAAGCGAAACAGCUCAAGGAGACAUUCAACUCCAAAUAUCCCGACUAUGUCUACAGGCGCCGCCCUAACAACUCUCGCAAGCGCCGAAAAACUGAUGCGGCCGGCAUGCGGGCCCCCGACGGGUCCAUCAUGCCGCCCGACGCGGCUGAUGGUGAUCUCGGUGAACCCUCCCCUUCUGAUGGCGACGAUUCACAAGCAGAUCCCCUUGACAUGGGUGGCUAUUCACGAUUGACUCACCCCUCGCACUACGGCGAACCUAGCGCUCCGCCCCAUGCCAGACUACCCACGUUCCCCUUCACCUCCUCGCGAUAUGACAUAUCCGAGGGGCGCCUCUCGUACAUGCAGCAGCCUGACCGCCUCCACCACUCGGUAUCUUCACCGCGUCUAUCACAAUCGGGCCACCUGCCUUCGCAGUACCCGUACCCGCAGCGUCACAACUCGGGCCACUACCCCACCGACGCGACCUCAGCAGCUUGGGCGGGGGACACCUCCUCUAGCAGCACCCGAUCAUCUGGUUCUGGCUGGUUCGGUACCAGCGAUCGCUCUGCCGCCACUCCUAUCAGCGCAAAGUCUCAGUCUUUCCCUCCCCUAUCUUCUCCCAGUUCGUGGCCUAGCCCGAACUCUCCUGGCCCAGGAGCGAGCCCCUCAACCUCGACGUCCAGUGCCUACUCCUUCCCCACACUCAACACCCCCUUUUUCCCCACUCAGGCCCAACUAAGUAGCUACCCCGCAGCGGCCUCACCUACCACCACCAACGGGACGAGCACUGCCUCGUCCCAGUAUCAGCUCCCAGUACCAGGGGAGAGCCGGGGUUUUGAUCACCAUCGCAGUUUCGCCCCGUCGGGUGUUGGUGGCGGCGGCGGCGCGGGGGGGACGAACGUGUACCCUUCGUCACAUAACAACAAUUCGCGCGCUACGGCUGGCUUACCUCGCGCUUUACCCCCCGUCACGUCCCUUUCCAACUCGCAGUUCCUCCAUCAUGGCGGGUCGUCAGGCGCCCCUACUACUAUCCCUCCAGUAUCUGCGAUUGAUGCAGGGUUCUGGAGCAGGGAGCGGAUACUGGAUGGGUGAUCCGCCCCCCCCCCCCCC